CUGAAUUCUCGCAGUCGUGCAAUCAAUAUGAAGCAAUUUGAUCCCUUUGUCUCCCAUCCUACAACCAUACAACGUACCUGUUCUCUGCUACGUGCCAGCAUUUGCGCUCUUUUCCGCCAUGCCUCACCAUCAAAGUCCUUAUGUGAAGACUCGACCGAGUAUGGGUCAACCACGUCAAACCCCGCUUAAUGAGACACUCCCGCAGCAUCCCGGCAAGUCGGUAAAUGUCCCAAGAGACCUGGUUGAAGCUGGUCUCCACACUAAAUACACCAGCGCCGUCUUUGAACGUCGGAUUGAAUUCCGCGAGGUUCGAAAGCCGGAUAUUGUUCAAGAUGCUCUCCGUCGAAAAUAUAAGCCCAUCAAUCUAGAACGUUGUCCAACGGAAUUGAAAGUCUCAGCGGGCGGGCCCUCCUCAGUCGCUCUCAAGGUAGACGCGAAGGCUGAUGGAGAUCCGUUAGAACCUCCUCCUCGAGUUCUCUUCGACAAGCGGUUACUCCAGCACCAGUGGCUCAAAUUUUGGGCGGCCGGUCCUGGCCUAUACAACACCGGCACUUACUGUUAUAUGAAUGCCGCUCUGCAGCCGCUCAUCCACACUCGUCUGUUUGCUAACGCUUGUAUCGACAAGCUGCAUAGUAAAACCUGUCGAAUGUCAGGCGCUUGCUUUCUCUGCAAGCUCGAAGAGUAUGUCAUUCAGAAUUGUGUCGCUGCAGAGGGUCGCUCAAGAAACGCCGUUCUGAAUCCCACAUAUUUCACAAAGAAUAUUAAAUUGAUCUGCCGGGACUUUAGAUAUGGAAAGCAGGAAGAUGCUCAUGAGUUCCUGAGAUGUCUGAUGGACAAGUUUCAGGACUCUUGCCUUAAGGGCAUGAAAAACCUAGAUCACCGAACAAAGACCACUACACUCAUCCACCAAAUAUUUGGUGGUUAUACCCGUUCACAAAUACGAUGUUCCCAGUGCCAAUACAAGUCCAACACUUAUGAGCCAAUGUUGGACAUGAGCUUGGAAGUCUGUUCAUCCCUUCAAAAAGCCUUCGCAUUACACACGAAAACGGAAAAACUUGACGGCGAUAAUAAAUACAAAUGUGACAGAUGUAAAAAGCUGGUCGAUGCUCAGAAACGGAUCUCCAUUGAAGUAGCACCGGAAGUCUUGACCGUUCAGCUGAAACGGUUUGACGUCUUUGGGAGGGGGAAAAAUAACACCAAGGUUGAGUUCCCCGAGUACCUUGACCUCACGGCGUCCAUGACCUCCAGACAGCAACGGACGAGAUACCAGCUUUAUGCCAUGAUUGCUCACCAUGGCUCAUCACCCAAUCAUGGACACUACACUGCCUUUGCCAAGGACCCCAACGGCACAUGGCAUUAUUAUGACGACGAGGAUGUUACACAGACCAAGUUAGAGUCCGUAUUAGAAAAAAAGAGCCAAGCAUAUAUGCUGUUUUACGCAUUGCUGCAUGAGGAGCAGGCACCCGAGGCAGGCGCAGCGGGGAAGACCAAGAGAGCAGAGAAAGAGCGGCCGGUCAGUAAACCUCAGCGCGACGACAUGGGAGUGAAGAUCAGCAGGGAAGAAGCAAUGAAGAAGAGAAAGAAGACGGCGUCGCCUCCGGCGAUCGCCAAGAAUAUAUCAAAGGUUUCUCACGCUGAGCGGUCGUCGCCGCCGAAACCACAGGCACCAGCAUCAAUAGCACCAACACCCGCAACAUCAGUAACGACCUCAAACACCCCAUCCACUAUCCCAUCGUCCGCACUCAAGCCCGCAUCCUCACCAAAGCGGCGUCGCUCAACUGAUGAGGACGACAACUUGACGGUUCAGGACCUGGUCGACCCUGCAAAACCGUCAUCCAAGCGCUCAAAGACCAGCCCUCCCCCGGCUGUUCCGGCGGACAUUCCACAUCCCAUACCCCUUGAUAACCAAUAUAACGCACCCAUUGCUCAAUGGGGCGGGCUGGACGUGCACAUGGAGCGUGUCCGGCGGGACCGGGUGUUGGACCUUUCGAAACCCAAAUUGAAACGUCCAGCAAGGGACGAAUUGGAGUAUGAUAUAGGACGGGUAAAGAAGGUCAAGGUGAAGAAAGAGGGUAACGGGACUUUUGGAAUGAAGAGGGGCGUAUAGAUGGUGGAGCAAGAGCAAUUUGUUGUCGGUAGUUUUUUUUAUGUUUGUUUUGGUCCAUCUGUCAUUCAGUAGUAGUCAAUAGUACACGCUCGGCGUCAAACCCAUUCAAAAA